UUGUCCCCAGAUUCGGAACCCUCACCGCCUUGACCAGAAUCCUGCAUCAAUCCAGAAAAAGAGUAUAGGAAUUAUAUGCCCAUUUACACGUAUAUACAAUUUUCUGUGAUUCAAUUCUGAUGCUGAGUUUCUGGUCUGGGUUUUGCGAGUUUUAAUCUUUUGGGGGUCUACAUUCUUUAGGAUUCUUGAUGAUUUCUCUGUUCCCAAAUCUUCUUGAGUAGGUCAUUUAACAUGCAUAGAUUAUAGACACACAUUGACACAUAUUCAUGCACUUUUGCCCAUUUCAUUCAUUUAGUGAACAUUGGUGUUGGUUUUGAUUGGUAGAAUCUGGUUUCUUGAGGUUCUGAGGGUAACUCUUUUAAUCUCCCAACCAUCUAUUGGAAUUGAUUUGCUUGUGCCCUUUAGGAUUUUGGGUUCUUCAGAAAGAAUUGAUAUUUGGGACUUUGGGUGGUAUUUGAGAGAAGUUCUGGCCUUAUUUUGCUGAAAGGUGCAUUGACUGUUUAAGUGGAUACUGAGUUUUGGACUUUUGGCUGAUUCGUUUUCUUUUAUGGUGGGUUAGAAUUGGGACAAUAAUUGCAAAAUAUGAGUAUAAAGAUACAUUGGAAAUCGAAUGGCUGGUAAAAGUUGAUUAUGCGAAUUUGGAGCUCAUCUGUUUGGCAGAACAAGUUGUUCACAAGAGAUGGGCAGCUUUUGUUCUAAGGAAUUAGAUUUAAGUGAUUAUGGCACUGAUGAUGAGGCAAGUAAAGGAAAGGAGUCAAGUAAGUCUUCAGUAAAGACAGUUGCUCCUUCACGCGGAGAGGCGAUUAAACUAUAUUUAACUAAUGGGUCAUCUGAGCAUUCAAACCGUAAGCCGGAACUUGAAAGAAAUGGGUCAUCUGUUACUGCUUCAAAAGUUGAGGAUGAUGGGAAAACAAGAAUCUUUGAGAGGCCUAAAGAUGGACACCGGAGGGGAUCAACUGUGGAUCUUGGAAUUAAUGGACUGUCACAUUCAAUGUCUAGGGUCGGGAGUAUGCCUCACAGCAUAAGGGGAGAACAAUCUGCUGCCGGAUGGCCAACCUGGCUAAGUUCAGUUGCUGCCGAGGCCAUUCAAGGGUGGCUUCCUCGAAGGGCAGAUUCAUUUGAAAAAUUAAACAAAAUUGGUCAAGGGACAUAUAGUAGUGUUUACAAGGCCCGAGACCUUACAAAUAAUAAAAUUGUUGCCAUGAAGAAGGUAAGGUUUGUGAAUAUGGACGCAGAAAGUGUUCGCUUCAUGUCAAGGGAAAUAUGUAUCUUGCGAAGAUUGGACCACCCAAAUGUUAUGAAACUUGAGGCUGUUGUCACGUCAAGGUUGUCAGAGAGCUUAUAUCUGGUAUUUGAAUACAUGGAGCAUGACCUUUCUGGGCUUGCAAUAGCUCAUGGGUCCAAGUUUACUGAAUCACAGAUUAAGUGCUAUAUGCAACAACUGCUUUCUGGAUUGGAUCACUGUCAUAGUCGUGGUGUACUUCACCGAGACAUCAAGGGUUCAAAUCUUCUCCUUAAUGAUAAUGGUAUUCUGAAGAUUGGAGACCUUGGUCUGGCUACAAUUUUCUAUCCCGACCAAAAGCAGCCAUUAACAAGUCGAGUUGUAACUCUGUGGUAUAGAGCUCCUGAGCUUUUGCUUGGUGAAACUAACUAUGGAGUGGCCAUUGAUAUGUGGAGUGCUGGUUGCAUCCUUGCAGAAUUAUUUGCCGGGAAGCCUAUAAUGCCGGGAAGAACAGAGGUAGAGCAAAUGCAUAAAAUCUUCAAGCUUUGUGGGUCGCCUUCUGAGGAAUAUUGGCAGAAAACGAGAUUGCCUCUUGCCACUAGUUUUAAACCACAGCACCCAUACACACGCUGCGUCACCGAUACCUUCAAAGACUUUCCUCCUUCAGCUUUAACUCUUCUUGACGCCCUACUUUCAAUAGAACCUGAGGAGCGUGGGACUGCUGCUUCUGCACUAAGUAGUAGGUUCUUCACAAUGAAACCGCUACCCUGUGAUCCAUCAAGUUUACCCAAAUUCCCUCCAAGUAAGGAACUUGACGCAAGGAUUCGAGAUGAGAAGGAAAGAAGGAAAAAAGCUGAGAGUGUGAAAGGGCGUCGAGGUGAAACUACGAAGAAGAAUUCAAGAGAAUCUAAUGGACCACCUGCAGAAUUCAAUGCUCAGAGACAGAAUUUGCAGGGGCAGUCAAAUAACGGCACAAGUAGAGCAGGCUACCAUAUUGAGCCACCACCGGUAAAUUAUAAGAAUGGGAUCACUCAUUCCAAUUCGGUGAUUCAUCCGAAUGCAUGGAGUCACAAAGUAAAGGAUGUAGGAGGUCAAACAGUCCAAAGACUGACCUUUGGUGCUUCCCAUCAUGGUGGAGAGACGCUAAGUCAUGGUUCUCAAAAUACUCGGCAUGUUAAAGAGUUGUCAAGUACUUCGAGAGACCAGGAUACCGGAGUUUAUGUUCCGAAGAAAAAUAGGAUUCAUUGCUCUGGGCCAUUGAUGCCUCCCGGGGGAAACAUGGAAGACAUGCUGAGGGAACACGAGAGGCAAAUUCUAGAGGCAGUUCGCAAGGCCAAGACCAAAAAUAACUGAUAAGAUUAAGUCAAUCUGUGUGUCCACUUUCAGUAGAAAUGAUGACGAGGGAGAGAGCACUUGGAAUCAUGAGCACAAUAGUGGUCCGGUUCAGGAGCCAACAUAAUUUGGAUUUGGUACCAAAGGUGAGAAACUUCAGAAAAUUUAUGCAGAAAGAAGAGGAGAACUAUGCCUAUAAGUUGGUAGGUAAUCAGCCUUGAACAGUAUGGAGAUAUGUUUGCUUUGCUCAACCAUAUGGUUUAUACACAAUACAUGUAUACAAUGUAAAUCCUUUUCUUAUUUUAAUAGUCAACAUGAUCUGCAAAAUUGAAGUUCACUAGGUGGCCUCUGUAACCUGUCCAAAAGUUGAAUUUUGUUAGUUAGAGAGAUAAAA